AACCCAUGACCCUGAGAUCAAGACCUGAGCUGAGAUCAGGAGUCAGAUGCUUAACCAACUAAGCCACCCAGGUGCCCCCUGUAAACUCAUUUUUAAUCAAUUAAAAAAUAACUUCCUAGCUUAAAGACCUUGGCUAAGACCUACCUUGUGUUUCGUAGGCACUUCGUCACUGUUUUCCAUGAUAUUCAUGCCAAACCCCCCAGAACGGGGCAGAAUGUAUCAGCAUCAGAGAGUCGGUGUGACUGGCUUGUGUCAGAAUUUCAAAGACAGAAACAAUUCUUGGGUUAUGUAACUCAAAGUAAGAAAAUUCCAGAGAAGCCGCCAAACUGUCAUCUUUUUUGCCAUUUGAAUAGAUUGAGGAGAUGGAUAUUUGGUCUUUGUCUCCAUCAAUUAUCCUGGAUUCAACUUCUGAGAAGCAGGGGGCGUUUUAGACUGUGUCAUCCUUCUUUGCCGUGUGUAUUGAGUGAACUUGAAUUAGUAGCACAAGAAAGUAAUAUCUGCAGAUCAGAAGUCAUUAAACACUCCCCCAGAUAUUCACACUAUUUCAAAGAAGUGUUAAGUUACCACAUGUAAGUUGUAUAUUAAGGACCUCACUCUGACUGAUUAACAAGUAUGGGAGGGGAAAAGGUCAAAAAAGCUUCAAUGACCACUGAAACAGCAACAUUAAUUUUCCUUGUCCACAAACGUUAGAAAAAAUUAAGACUCAGCAAUUACUGAACCAGCUGAGUCCUUCAUGCAAGAAGGAAUAAGCAAUAAACCAUCCACCUUAAUCACGGGAUGGUGGCAUUGCACAUUAAAUUAACUGAUACUUUUUGCUGAUGUUUAUAUUUUUCUCAUGUCAUUUUCUGUUUCUCCAUAAAGGCAAUUGGCAAAAUUGAUGUGACUGGCUUGGCGGGGAUAGGGGAUAAAGCGUUCCAUUCAAGGGCAGUAGCAAGAGGCAAAGAGAAAAUGGUGCGUGAUUCCAGGCUGGGAAAUCUUCCAACCGAGGAGGGAAGGGAGCCCCUCGGGCAGUUCCAGGGCACAGCCCAGUUCCACCCACACCCCGCAGCGCCUGGCUUCCAGGAGGUCUGAGCAUAGAAUGCGUUCUCCAAAAGGAGAGACCUUGGGUCUGACUGUGGGUGAGUGGGAAACAAGUUAUUUAUUUGGGGUGAACCUCCGUGCUCGCCUCCCCUCCCUGCCUUGGGCCUCCUUCCAGGGCUUUGGGACAGUGGCCAACCAGGUGCUUUCUCCACCCCUCAGCCCCAAGGCCUCCAACCACUGUCUCCCUCACCAAGCCCUGCCCUUCCCAGCCAGGGAGUCUGAGGCUCUAUGGGGAGGUCCCCCCAGGCUCCCUCCUCUCAGACAGUGGAGCCGGCAGCGUCAGAGGGCACAGGCCCUGCGUCUCCCAUCAGGGACAGCCCAAGUGAACCGGGCUCAGAGGCAAGAGCCAGGCCUCGCUCUUCUCUCGCACAAAGGCCCCUGUGGAGAUCCCAGCCUCAGGAGCUUGUAGACACCAGGCAUUAAUUUUCUCGGGCCGCCCUAACAAACUACCACGGACUGAGUGGCUUCAACAGCGGAGAUUUAUUUUCUCCCAGUUCUGGAGGCUGGAAGCCUGAGACCAAGCAGUCGUCGGCAGGGGUGGCUUCUCCUAAGGCUUCUCUCCUUGGCUUGCAGACGGCUGCCUUUUCCAGAGUCUUCUCAUGGCCUCUCCUCUGUGUGCUCCUCUUAUUAGGACACCGGUCAUAUUAGAUCAGGGCCCAUCCUGACAACCUCACUUUGGCUUCAUGACCUCUUUAAAGGCCCUCUCUCCAAAUACAGUCACAUCCUGAGGUGCUGGGGGCUAACGCUUCAACAUAGGAAUUUGGGAGGAACACAGUUCAGCCUCUAACACAGCCCUUCCCCAAAGGAUCAGUUCUGUGGCCCUGGGACUCCCCUCUCCAUGACUGAGCUGCCCAGUCACCAUAAACAGUCACCGCCUGAGCCAGGCUUUCCCUGUAAUGAGCACACGCUGCACUCCUACUCAUACUCGUACAUUUGCAUCUGGGGUGGGGGUACAAUCACACACACACACACACACACACACACUCGGUAGCUUGGCAGAAAUCCUGCUCCGGGGGAUACAGGUGUGACUCUGACCCUCCCCCUUGCUAGGACUUUUCGGGCGCAUCUCUGACCCCAGCUCCGCUCCUUCAGCCUGCCCUUUCCUCCUCCCCUGCUUUCGCACCAGACACCAGCCCUUGGCUUGGAGAGAUCUGACAGGCCAGGAUUGUUUGUUGCACAACUGCGCUUGGGGCGCUGGCUCCGUGCCAGGCACCAGCUCAGGCUGGCGUGUCCGGAGAAUCCUGCCACCAGCAAGCUCAUGGCCGGGGCAGAUGCAAGAGCUUGCUGUCAUCUCAAGCUCCCGUUGGGUCCCAUGCUCCUCAUAGAUCUGCUCUCACCUUUAUAUCGACGCAGAGAAUUCGGCAAAAGUGCCCCAACUUUAUUGGGGAGGAAAAUGAGGUUCCCAGAGGUUAACAGGCAGAGCCUGGAGGAGGAACCCAUAAAGCCUGGGAAAGGCCUCUGCUGGAAGAGUGCCUGAGCGGAGGGUCCCUCGUCUCCCUUCCCCACCCGGUGCUACAGCCACCAGCCUCCCAUCCUGUCUCUAUAGCGAUGGGGGGCUCGGUGUAUUCAUCCCCCAAGUCGGACAGAUGAGCUAACACAGAUCCUGACUGCACCUGCCCUGGGGUGCCACGUGUGUCCUCCUCCAAGGGGACACCAAGGCAGCCCCUGCAUGAAGACCCCCACAGACCCUCCACGUCACAGCCUCUGCUGACCUAUGGAAUUAAGGAUCCCGUUUGGAAGCUGUAGGGUCCUUUGGGUCCAGAAUGCCCAGAGCUGGGGUCAGAGCUCAAGCAGCGUCCAGGGACAGAACAGCUGCCUCUUAAACUCCUCUCUUCCACCUCGCUGCCUGAGAAGGGCCCCCGGGGCAGGGGGCAGGGGGCAGGGCCUGCGCUGCUAUCUGGCUAUCUGUCCGGGUGGAGCUUGUCGCAACACUGUUUACCCACCUUUGCCGCCCGAAGCCCCUCGGUAUGCAGUAGAUACAGAGUCAGCCCUGUGCUCAGAGGCCGCUGUGCUUUCCGCUCCGGACCGUCGCCCCACCUCGCCUCUGCACGCUGCUGCCCCGUGCUCUGUUCCCGGAGGGAGCCUCAGUCUGCCAAGGCCACCGACCCACCGCUGGAGCCAUGGUCCAUGGGUACAAAGGAGUCAAGUUCCAAAACUGGGCGAGGACCUACGGCUGUUGCCCAGAAAUGUACUACCAGCCCACGUCCGUGGAGGAGGUCAGAGAAGUGCUGGCCUUGGCCAGGCAGCAGAACAAGAGGGUGAAGGUGGUGGGAGGUGGCCACUCACCCUCGGACAUCGCCUGCACCGAUGGCUUCAUGAUCCACAUGGGCAAGAUGAACCGGGUUCUGCAGGUGGACACAGAGAAGAAGCAGGUGACUGUGGAGGCUGGCAUUCUCCUGUCUGACCUGCACCCACAGCUGGGCAAGCAUGGCCUGGCCUUGUCCAACCUGGGAGCUGUGUCAGACGUGACUGCAGGGGGCGUCAUUGGGUCCGGAACGCACAACACAGGGAUCAAACAUGGCAUCCUACCCACCCUGGUGGUGGCGCUGACCCUGCUGACGGCUGAUGGGACCAUUCUUGAAUGCUCCGAGUCCAGCAACGCGGAGGUGUUCCAGGCCGCGCGGGUGCACCUGGGCUGCCUGGGAGUCGUCCUCACCAUCACCCUGCAGUGUGUGCCUCAGUUCCACUUGCAGGAGAUCUCCUUCCCCUCAACCCUGGACGAGGUUCUCGACAACCUGGACAGCCACCUGAAGAAAUCCGAAUACUUCCGCUUCCUCUGGUUCCCGCACAGCGAGAACGUCAGCGUCAUCUACCAGGACCACACCAACAAGCCCCCCUCCUCUUCAGCCAACUGGUUUUGGGACUAUGCCAUUGGAUUCUAUUUACUGGAGUUCCUGCUCUGGAUCAGUUCCUUCCUGCCAGGCCUCGUGGGCUGGAUCAAUCGCUUCUUCUUCUGGCUCCUGUUCACGAGGAAGAGGGAAAGCAGCAACCUCAGCCACGAGAUCUUCACCUAUGAGUGCCGCUUCAAGCAGCACGUCCAGGACUGGGCCAUCCCCAGAGAGAAGACCAAGGAGGCGCUGCUGGAACUGAAGGCCGUGCUGGAGACCCACCCCAAGAUGGUGGCCCACUUUCCCGUGGAGGUGCGCUUCACCCGGGGGGAUGAUAUCCUGCUGAGCCCCUGCUUCCAGAGGGACAGCUGCUACAUGAACAUCAUCAUGUACAGGCCCUAUGGCAAGGACAUACCACGGCUGGACUACUGGCUGGCCUACGAGACCAUCAUGAAGAAGGUCGGGGGCAGGCCCCACUGGGCCAAGGCCCACAACUGUACCCGGAAGGACUUUGAGAAAAUGUAUCCAGCCUUUUCAAAGUUCUGUGCCAUCCGAGAAAAGCUGGACCCUACUGGGAUGUUCCUGAAUGCAUAUCUGGAGAAGGUGUUCUACUGAAGCAGAAACAGAAUAAAUUGAGCGAACCCCAUCCCAUCCCUCAGGUCCACCUCCAGGAGGUUGAAGGUUCAAUGUCCCCACUGGCCCGAUGGGGAGCAGACCUCUUUCCACGGGCCCUCUGCCACGGCACCCACAGCUGCUCCCACCCACAGCCGUGAGCCUGGAUCUAGGCAGCGCUCCCCACUCUCUUCCUUCCUUUAUCCCUGCAACAACCCCAUGCAAGGAAGAGCACCCAAAUCUCUACAUCUCCUUGCGGCAGCCCCCUUCCCCGAACCUACAGUCACCACAUUCUUUCCCAGGAAAUAGAGAAACCCUGAAAUGUUAUGUUUCUUGAAGAGGGCAGGCCUUCGGUCAUUCACAGCUUCCACCUGCCGGCUAGUUGUCUGUGACUCCAGGGCCCCCGUUAACGUGUGUCUGGGCACAGCAGUCUUGUGUACUGUGUCCUGCCUCCUGUCACCCUUGAGGGUUUUUCAGAUGCCCAGGUGUGUGCCCACCUGCCCUGGGACUGCCCUCUCCCAGUUUCUCCCCGUCCCCGUGACCUCGCAUCACCUGACCUUCAAGCAUGGCUGCUUCAGGGGAUGUCUGGGGAGUGGGACUCUCUUUGCCUUCUUUUAAAUAAAGACCAAGAAUUGA